UGGCCCAAAGGCCAAACCCUUGCCUCCGUCGCCAGCCAAACCCUCGCCUCCCGAUCCCGUACCCUGCCAGCAGAGGUUCAGGCACGGCGGCACCGGCGGUGAGCUACCUACCGCCUCCCACCUCCCGGAGUCCACGGCCGCUCUGUCUCUGAGGGUGCGUCGUCGACCCGGCCGCCCCCGACUCCGCCGCCGCCGCCGCCGCCCAGCGCCCCGGGUCCUAGCUUCUCCCCGCCCCUCCCGAAAUCUCAGGACCUGCCGUGCGUCAUGGGCGCCGGUGGCAAGGGAUAUAAGGCCCCGGCCCUGCAGCUAGAGAAGCUGCUGGCGCUCGGCCUCGACCAGCGCACGGCGGAGAACGCGCUUGUCAACAGCAAGGUCACCGCCAACCUAGCUGCCGUCAUAGCCGAGGCUGGUAUAGGUGGAUGUGACAAGUCGGUGGGAAAUCUUCUGUAUGCCGUUGCCACUAAAUACCCAAACAAUGCACUUGUCCAUCGUCCUGCUCUCAUUGACUAUAUUGUGUCCAUGAAGAUAAAGAACCCUGUACAGCUAGACGCUGCUCUGUCAUUUCUUACUAAUGCUGGCCCUGAUCCUUUGGAUACUGGGAAGUUUGAAGAAGCCUGUGGUGUAGGCGUGGUUGUUUCAAUUGAAGAGAUUCAUUCAACUGUCACCAAGGUUCUACAUGGAAAUAUGGAAGCUAUAUUGGAGCAGCGUUAUCAUAUAAAUGUUGGUAACCUAUGCGGACAGGUUAGGAAGAGACACCCCUGGGGUGAUGCUAAGGCGACAAAGGAGGAGAUCGAGAAAAGGCUUGCAGAGAUACUAGGUCCAAAGACGGAAGCUGACAAUGUAAAACCAGUAAAAACGAAGAAAGGAAAACCAGCAAAAGCUGAGGAGAAAGUGGUUGCAGUAGUUACUGCUGCCCCACCAUCUGAGGACCUGAAUCCAUACUCGCAUUUUCCUGAGCCGGCAGAAAAUAACAAGGUUCAUACAGAAAUAUUCUUCAGCGAUGGGAACAUAUGGAGGGCGCAUAACACAAAGGAGAUUUUAGAGAAACAUCUUAGGGCAACCGGCGGAAAAGUGACGACCCGUUUCCCUCCAGAACCUAAUGGAUAUCUUCAUAUCGGUCAUGCCAAGGCUAUGUUUAUUGAUUUUGGACUGGCUAAAGAGCGGAAUGGCAAUUGUUAUCUUAGGUUUGAUGACACAAACCCAGAAGCUGAAAAGAAGGAAUAUAUAGACCACAUUCAGGAGAUAGUCCAUUGGCUGGGAUGGGAGCCCUUCAAAGUUACAUAUACAAGUGAUUAUUUUCAAGCUUUGUAUGAGCACGCCGUUGAGUUAAUUCGGAAAGGGCUAGCCUAUGUGGAUCACCAGACUGCAGAACAAAUCAGGAAAGACAGGGAAACAAAUACGGAUAGUCCAUGGAGGGAUAGGCCUAUUGAAGAGUCACUGCAAUUAUUCGAAGACAUGCGACGUGGGCUGAUUGCUGAGGGCGCAGCAACUCUCCGAAUGAAGCAGGACAUGCAGAAUGAUACCAGAAACAUGUACGACUUAAUUGCAUACAGAAUAAAAUUCACCCCUCAUCCGCAUGCUGGUGACAAGUGGUGUAUCUAUCCAAGCUAUGAUUAUGCUCAUUGCAUGGUGGAUUCACUUGAAAACAUUACUCACUCGCUGUGCACGCUUGAGUUUGACGUACGCCGUCCAUCAUACUACUGGGUACUUGUUGCCUUGGGCUUGUACCAGCCAUAUGUUUGGGAGUAUUCAAGGCUGAACAUAUCACAUAAUAUUAUGUCUAAAAGAAAGUUGAAUCGGCUUGUGACAGAGAAGUGGGUAGAUGGGUGGGAUGAUCCUCGUUUGUUAACACUGGCAGGACUGCGGCGACGGGGGGUGUCAGCAGCUGCAAUUAAUUCAUUUAUCCGUGGAAUGGGGAUAACAAGAAGUGACAAUAGCUUAAUUCCUUUCGAACGUCUUGAAUAUCACAUCAGAGAAGAACUUAACAAAACAGCUUCUCGAGCCAUGGUUGUUCUGCAUCCUCUAAAGGUUGUAAUAACUAACUUGGAAGAUGGAAAAGUCAUAGACCUUGAUGGAAAGAAGUGGCCUGAUGCUCCUGCUGAUGAAGCUUCGUCGUACUACAAGGUUCCUUUCUCAAGAACUGUCUACAUUGAAAAAACUGAUUUUCGCCUUGAGGACUCGAAAGAUUAUUAUGGGCUAGCUCCUGGUAAAUCUGCCCUGCUAAGGUAUGCAUUCCCAAUAAAAUGCACAGAGGUUAUUUAUGGUGAUAAUCCAGAAGACAUUGUUGAGAUUCGAGCUGAGUAUGACCCCUCAAAGACCUUGAAACCCAAGGGUGUUCUGCACUGGGUUGCCGAGCCAGCGCCUGGAGUCGAACCGUUAAAGGUUGAAGUAAGACUGUUUGAGAAACUGUUCUUAUCAGAGAAUCCUGCCGGGCUGGAUGAUAAAGAGUUGGAGGAGAAAUGGCUGGGCGAUCUCAACCCGCAAUCUAAGGAGGUCGUGAAGGGCGCGUAUGCCGUACCGUCGCUCGCGGCCGCAGUUGUGGGCGACAAGUUCCAGUUUGAGCGGCUCGGCUACUUUGCCGUGGACACGGACUCGACACCUGAGGAGCUCGUGUUCAACAGGACCGUCACGCUGCGUGACUCCUAUGGCAAGGUCGGGGGACCCAGGUGACUGCUGAUUUAGUGAGAGGUUUUUGGUUUUGCUUGGUUACAUACAGUACAGAGUACAGAGGCGGUGCUAACUGCAGAAAACUUAGUGAUGCCAUAGUACAAACAUAGACAAGAGGCCUUUUGGUUUUUGCAUAUGCUGGGCUUGUGAUGCCUAGUGUUGGAUGAUUAGAUAUGUAUGUAUGCUCACCCAAGAGAAGUGAGUAAAGAAAGGAUCAGCUUUCUCCUUGCUUCUGAAAAGCACCUGUUUCAUGUUUCCUCCGGUGCUCACUUUGCCUCCUCCCACCACAACAAUAACAUUGUGCUGCACCAAACAGCGGUUGUGAAGCAAUAGUGUGGUGAAUAAAGAAAACACAACAAAUAUUCAA